AUGACUAAUAAAAUAUUAGAUUCUGCUAAACUAGCCGAAAUCACGAACUUAAAGAGCAAAUAUGACAAAUUAUUAUGUAAAAAAUACCAAACAACUACUAAAAAAGCACUGCUCAGCCUAAUAAAUUCACUAGCAAAAGAGCUUCAACAAGUCAAAAUGUCUAUGAUUUCAGAUACAAUCAAAUUAAUUUCCGACUUAAAUAUAGCUUUAUCUAAAAAUUUGCAAAAAAUAAACGAUCAACUUAACAUCUGCAAGAACUUGAGAAAUGAAAUUUUAUCAGCUGGAGAAAAGUUCAGCUGAGAAGCCACGAAUACUCAAUCAUUGCUAUUUAAGAAUCCAGGAAAAGCUGUCUAUUUAUUUAGUAAAGAAUGAAAAGAAAUUUUUGCGUUCUUACCUGAAGAUUCUUUAUCAAAAAUAGAGUAUAAUCAUGACACUCUAUAUCCUGGCUUUCUAGUUCGUAUGAGGUCGAAAUUGAAUGAAAAUGAAUUGAAAAUAAAGUUCUAUAGGGAUCUGAUUGAAAAUGAUAAAAAAUUGGGGAAUAUAUGUGAUGAGGAUCCGAAAUGAAUAAUCGAUAAAAUUACCAAUGCUCAAGAGAAUUUAAGCAGCUAUAGCAAAAAUGGAAUUUACUCAUAUCUAUGCAAAUAUGAAUUUUCUUUUAAAGAGCGAGUUUGCUGCUUAUCAAAUACAGUUAAUAGAAUUUUUGAAAAAUAUGAGCCGAUUGUAAAGAAAAGCCUGUCCGAUAAAAUUAUUAAUAUUUCUAAAUGCCUUAAUUUUGGCUUAUCGAAGGAUAUCUAUACAAAUUUAGUAUUUUUUGAUAUUAAGUCUGAGAUGCAGAUGCACAUUAGUAUUAACUUAGAUUAUAGAAAAGCUCCCUGUCGAAUCCGAAGAUUCUUGCUCCCUUCCGUCUUCUACUCGCCAUAGAUUGUAGCACAGCUUUCAAAGUGUCCACCCCAGUACAUACUCCCGGCAGUAGGAACUUUUGGUUUACCUGAGUAUGUCAACAAGAGCGUCCUUUACAUAAUGUUAAAAACAAAUUUUCUGAUUGUGUUGUCUACCAAGAUAAAAAUCUAAGCCUGGGACACAAUGACCAGUAUCGAGCUGGAGAAAAACCAAAACCUUUUCAGAAUAUACACCCGAAAGCAAAUUUCCCUUCCACAAGGUCACCUAUACCCGUUAAACGACUCAGCUACAAGUUUUUAGAAAAAGGCUGGCUCACUGUCACCAUUUUAACGUAUAUAAAUGCAGAUACACAAAACAGUAGAUAUGCCCAACGCACUUGACGAAUCCUCAUAUAUAAUUCAGCUUCCCAAUAAUAAAUUACUUUGCCAUAGGGAAAAGCCUAACCCUCGCAACUGAUACAUAAUCGACACCUUGACAUUUAAAUACAGAAUUCUACCAAACAGCUUUUUAUGUUGAUUUUUAGGAGGAGUUUACCAUAAUAAUUCCAUAUAUAUAUUUGGAAAAAAUGCAGCAAAAUUAAAUUCCGCAUUAGAAUUUGAUAUGAAUGUAAAUAAAUGAAAGAAACUCCCAAAUUUGCCUAUUUCCCAUUUUAGAUGUUCAUGCAUUGCUUUUAGCAAUUCUAUUUUGAUCUGUGGAGAUAUUGCAGUUUAUAAGUUUGACACUAAAAUUGAAAGCUAUUCUACAAUAGUUACUGCUGAUAACCUAGAGGUUCGCCCAAGAUUUCUGAUGGAAGGAGGUAGAAGGGCAUAUUUAAUUGAUUUUAAGGGGAUGAUCUAUGAAAGUAAUGUAGAGGAUGAAUAUAGCUGAAGUUUAUUUUGCAGGUUUUUAGGAAAACCUAGAUUGGGAUUCUCAUAUAAAUGAUCAGAUAAUUCGGUAUGGUUUGGGUUUUCAGAUAAAUUAGGGCUGGAUUAUUAUAAAUUGAGCAUAGAUAAAAAACAAGUCAAAAAGAUAUGGGGAAUUACUAUAAAUUGCUCUGCGAGGCCAGGCAAUUUAAGGGGAAAUUCUCAAGCUGGUUGGGUUGGUCAAACCAAGUAGAAAGUUGGCUAAUGAGCCUUUCUCCAAAUUCUUGAUCUAAAAAGGGCAACUCAUAGAAAUUCCCUAUAGAAGCAAAAGGCAUAAUUUAA